CGUUUUCCGUUAGUGCAGCAUUUAUCCUCGACGACGUUGGUUGGUUUCGCCUUCGCCCUCUGUCAUUGUCACUGUCGCUGUCGCCGUCGCUGUCGUUGUUGCUCUGCCCGCACAGAGUCUCUCUGCCGUCGAAGUCGCGUCGCCUUGUAUACGCCUGCUUGCUGGGUGUGUGUUGUUAUUUUUCUGCUUUUGCUGACGCUGCUGCUGCUGCUGCUGCGCUGCUGCUCUUGCUCUACUCUUGCUGCUCUCGUUGUGUGUGCACGUUUUUAUUUAUUGUUGUCGUGUGUGCUGUUUGUUUGUGUUUUAUUUUUUUUUUUGUUAUGGUGCCAGUUCCAGUUCCAGUGCCAGUGCCAACUUACCUGAGCAUAUAGCUCAAAUAAAAAACUUAAACAAGCAGGAGAGGCGAGAAGAAACCCGGGGAAGACGAAGAAGAAGCAGAGUCAGGGCCAACAGCCACAGCAUGUUGUUAACAACCGCCCCAACGCCUCCCAACAAACAAAGUGCCAGCCCGGGACUAACCAAUAAGUAAACCAACAACAGCAACAACAAAAAUACGAGAAAAAAAUACGAAAAUACCGAAACUAAACGACGCGCAGCAGCUUCAAAACAUACACACACAUACACUUUAAUACACAUAGUCAGAGUUACAGUUGCAGCUCGAGUGCAUUUAACAACAACAACAAGAACAACAGCUGCUGCUGCUUCACUAAGUGCAGUCGACGUCGACGUCGCUGUCGUCACACUCGUCGCAUAUUAUGAACAGCACUUGAUACAAAAAUAAACAAACACAAAAUCAAUCAAUUAAUCAAUCUGAACGCCCCUACGGAGCCUACGCUAACGCCCACGCCCACGCUCACGCCCAACAACAACAACAACAACAGCAGCAACAACAAGAGAAGGAGGAAGAGGACAACAAAAACAGUAGAAGAAGCAGCAGAAUGUUUCAGUCAUUUGGCAUAGUCAUCAUAGUCAGUGCGCUGCUCGUUGCUGCUGCCCAAGCGACAGCGGAGCAACAGUAUGCGAAUUCGAAUGCAGACGCUGCCGCCGAACUGCAGGCGACGAGUCAGGACACAGCAGCGACGCCGCUCGGCAGCAAGCAGUUAACCAGAUGCCGCCAAAGCUGCUAUCAGCAGUUUGCGAGGGAUUGGCAUGAUUGCACGGAUUUCGUUGAUUGCAGAAAUUGCCGUCAAAACUGCCAACGGCAAUUGGCGCCCUUUGAACUGCGUGUCCAUCACGCCCAACGACAAGGCGCCUUGGUGCUGACGGACAUCGGCUGGGAUGAGUUGAUUGCGAACGCAUCGCGUCAAUGCCUGAUCACCUGGGAGGUAUCCGGUGGCGGCCUCAUGGGCAACCUGCUAACGGAUACGGCACGCGCCGAGCUUUCACUCUGGCCGGAUACGGUCUACAACAUACAGGUCACCUGCAAGCAUAAGCUAACGGGUAUAAUGCGUCGCUCUCUCAAGCUGAAUGUGGAUACACAUCAGUUGCUGUCAACGUCACCGACGUCAGCAACGACAAUCGCCAAUCGCCGGACAACUGCAAGUCGCGUCGUGUCCAUGUCAGCGACAUCAGCAGCAUCAACAACACCAACAACAGCAAUCACAAAAGGAGCUGCAACAGUUGCUGCUGCUGGGAUUGCUGGUGCAACCACAGUGCAACAUCAGCAGCAACAACAGCAGCCACAACGUGUUCGUCCCACGGACCGUGUGUAUAUCAUCAGUGCGUUGCCAACGGCCAGCCAAUUGAGCGGCGUUGUGUAUCCGGCAUUUGGUGCGUUGGCCUUCUUUCUGGCCCUGCUGGUCAUGUUCCUGUUUCUGCGUCCGCAACGCAAGCGAACAACUGAUGCCGAUGCGGACACCGCAUCGCUGCUAAGCGGCGGACGUCGUUCCUCCUGCAGCGCAUCAUCGUCACGACUCUCCAUGGACAACAAUUCCACGUUGCAUGUGUAAGAGCAAAAAACUGUAGUGAAAACAAAAACAAACAAAAAACAAAACUCCCACACUUCCAAAACAAUUGCAGCAACUGCAAAACAAAUGAAAAGAAAAAUACAACAAUACAGAAAAAUAAAAACACCAAACUAUCAGAAUGUAGAAGAAAAAGUAGAAGAAGGAGAAAAAAAUCAAUCCGAACUAAAAACAAAAAAAAAAAAAACAAAAGAAAAAAUUAAAUGAGAACUUGUAGUCGUAUAUGUCUGACUAUGUGAUAUUCUGCACCCAAAUUGUACAUAACACACACACACACACAAACACAUCACACACACAACACUCAUAUACACACACACAUGCGCUGAAACAACAUGCAUAAAAAUAAAACUGUUCCCAGGCCAAGUUUUGUGUAGCAUACUUUGCGGCAUCUGGGAACAGCUCAAGAAAUGAAAAUAUCUCACAUCCAAGUCCAAAAAACAAUUUAAGUGGAAAAAUCAACAAAAAUCGCAAAACAAAAAACAAAACAAA